UUAACAAAAUAAAUAGCACAAAUUGAAAUAUUUUAAUUCAUAUAAAAUAUUUCUAAUUAUUAAGAAUAGAAAAUUUAUUAGUGAGAAAAAAAGUACGGAUGUAUUUUGAUAAAAGCCAACAAUGAAGCUUAUAUACUCCGUUACAAGAAGUCUACGCUACUAGAGAGCAUCGUUGCUGUUGAUUUUGCCUCCCGCUGCAAGUUUGUCUUUGAUUUGUGGAUAAGGAUGCCAGACAUCGAUCCAGCAUUUGAAAAUGAAUGAAACAGUUGAUAAUAUUGAUUAUAGAAUUCAUAACUAUUGGUUUCUAUUCGAUAAUCAGUUAUAGAGUUAGUUUUUGGUUAAUUGGUCGACAAAUAAACAAACUGGACAGAGUGACGACGUAAGAGCCGUGUUCUCAAUUGGCAAAGCUGCACGCUUUUGAAUCGGUUUUUCUCUUUUGGUGUGGAAUUUACCAAAAUAUCUCUUUCAGGAUCUUGUUUAUCCAGAGUUUGCAGGUUGGAGGUGCCUUUGUUUUCCCCCCUCCCCGUUGUGUUGUUGUGGUGUGCACGGUCUACCAACAACAAUAAGUUGAUGAAGAUGUCUAGUGAUCGAGGAGGGGCCAGUACCAGCGGUCCGAGCCGCAGCGGUCAUGGCGGCGGCGGCGGCGGUCGUGGAAGAAGACUAACAACGACAACAACACCACCACCAACAACAACGUCGUCUGUACGUGGUGGUGCUGUCGCUACUAGUGAUGGUGCUACCUUAGAUGACGGUACUGCCAGUACAAGUAACGACUCUCCAGCCAUACCUCGAGGGCCUGCCUCUAAAAACAUGAAGGCCAUGAGUACCAGCCUGAAACGCAUUCAGAAAGAAUUGGCUGAGAUAACUCUGGAUCCACCACCCAACUGCAGUGCUGGACCAAAAGGAGACAAUUUAUAUGAAUGGGUCUCAACAAUUUUAGGGCCUCCUGGAUCAGUUUAUGAAGGUGGUGUAUUUUUUUUGGACAUACAUUUUACACAGGAUUAUCCAUUUAAACCUCCUAAGGUCACUUUCCGAACAAGGAUCUACCAUUGUAAUAUCAACAGUCAAGGUGUAAUUUGCUUGGAUAUUCUUAAAGACAAUUGGAGCCCAGCUUUAACUAUUUCAAAAGUGCUCCUGUCUAUUUGUUCCCUAUUGACUGACUGCAAUCCUCAGGACCCAUUGGUAGGAAGUAUUGCUACCCAAUAUCUUCAGAAUAAACUGGAACAUGAUCGUGUAGCCCGACUGUGGACAAAAAGAUUCGCCACUGGCCUUUAAUGGUGGCUGUAUGGCUGUGAGCAAACCCUCCAGCCAUAUUAUGAACUCUGAAUUGAUAAAGACAGAUGUCUAAUGGUGAGAUGUUAUCUGUAAUGAUUGUUAAGCUCACUGCAAACUCUGUCAGAGCACAUGGCUUAUCUCUUCAAUGAAGAAGACAUGAGAAGAGAACUACUGAUUGUGAUGACUAAAAAUAUAAAAGAAAUCAGGAGAAAUCCUUCCUCUGUCCAUCAUUUGUAUCUGGUCAAUGAACUUGAUGCUAAAUGUGGUUAUCAGUGAAAUGUAGAUGCAUUGCUUGCUUAAUUGUCCACUUCCACUGGCAAUAUAUGUCUAGCUACAAUGACCACAGUUGUAAUCAAACUGUCAUUACCAGACAGACAAAUGAAAUUUUCUAGACCAACAUCAAUAACAUUUGAUCUGCUGGCAGCUUGACACUAUUAAAAAACAAAAAAAAACAAACAAAAGCAAAAAACAAAACAAAACAAUUUUUUUUUUUUUAUAAAUAAAGCAUUACCAAAGACA